ACCUUCGCUUCUCUUCUUCUUCUGUUUCAGUUUCUCCAAACCCAUCAAUGGAAGUGGAGACUCCAAUCUCGGAGCAGAUGUUUAAAUCAGCUCCAAAAAUGGGUUCUUACAAGUUGGGUGAUUCUACUUUAUCUUCAAUGAUUGAGAAUUACGCCAAUUCGGGUGAUUUUGAUUCGGUGGAGAAGCUUUUGAGUCGAAUUAGAUUAGAGAACAGAGUGAUUAUAGAGCGUAGUUUCAUUGUUGUCUUUAGAGCUUAUGGGAAAGCUCAUUUACCUGAUAAAGCUGUAGACUUGUUUCAUAGAAUGGUUGAUGAGUUUCGAUGUAAACGUAGUGUUAAGUCGUUUAACUCUGUGUUGAAUGUGAUUAUAAACGAGGGUCUUUAUCACCGAGGAUUGGAGUUUUAUGAUUAUGUUGUGAAUUCCAACAUGAACAUGAACAUUUCUCCUAAUGGGUUGAGUUUUAAUUUGGUUAUUAAGGCUCUUUGCAAGAUGGGAUUUGUGGAUCGAGCUAUUGAGGUCUUCAGGGGAAUGCCUGAGAAAAAGUGUUUGCCUGAUGGUUAUACGUAUUGUACAUUGAUGGAUGGGUUGUGUAAGGAGGAAAGGAUUGAUGAAGCGGUUUUACUGUUGGAUGAGAUGCAGAGCGAAGGGUGUUCGCCGAGCCCGGUAAUAUAUAAUGUGUUGAUUGAUGGAUUGUGCAAGAAAGGGGAUUUGACACGGGUGACAAAGCUUGUGGAUAAUAUGUUUCUUAAGGGAUGUGUUCCAAAUGAGGUUACUUAUAAUACGCUUAUUCAUGGUCUAUGUCUUAAGGGUAAAUUGGAUAAAGCUGUUAGUCUCUUAGAACGGAUGGUGUCGAGCAAAUGUAUCCCGAAUGAUGUCACAUAUGGAACGCUGAUUAAUGGGUUGGUUAAGCAAAGACGAGCAGUGGAUGGGGUUAGGGCAAAGCCGAGGAGGCUACGUACCUUGUGGAAGAAAAUGGCGGAGAAAGUUUGCCAGCCCAAUAUUGUUGUGUACAGUGCUGUUGUAGAUGGUUUAUGCCGAGAAGGGAAACCAAAUGAAGCUAAAGAAAUACUUAGUGGGAUGAUUAGUAGUGGCUGCUUGCCUAAUGUGUAUACGUAUAGCUCCUUGAUGAAAGGAUUCUUCAAAACUGGUCUUAGUGAAGAAGCGAUUCAAGUGUGGAGAGAGAUGGAUGAAACCGGAUGCUCUCGAAAUGAGUUUUGUUAUAGUGUUCUAAUCGAUGGUCUUUGUGGAGUUGGGAGAGUUAAGGAGGCUAUGAUGGUGUGGUCAAAGAUGCUCACUAUCGGGAUAAAACCUGAUACAGUUGCUUAUAGCUCAAUGAUAAAAGGUCUUUGUGGUAUUGGCUCAAUGGAUGCAGCAUUAAAACUUUACCAUGAGAUGUUAUGCCAAGAAGAACCCAAGUCACAACCUGAUGCUGUUACUUAUAAUAUACUUCUCGAUGGCUUAUGUAUGCAGAAAGAUGUCUCUAGAGCUGUUGAUCUCUUGAACUCUAUGUUAGAUAGAGGUUGUGAUCCCGAUGUUAUUACGUGUAACACCUUUUUGAAUACUCUGAGCAAGAAGUCAGAUUCUUGUGAAGAAGGGAGGAGUUUUCUAGAAGAGCUUGUUGUGAGGCUCUUAAAGCGUCAGAGAGUAUCAGGCGCUUGUAAGAUUGUAGAAGUAAUGCUGGGUAAGUAUCUAGCACCGAAGACCUCCACUUGGGCAAUGAUUGUUCCAGAGAUCUGUAAACCAAAGAAGAUCAAUGCCGCCAUUAAUAAAUGCUGGAGGAACAUGUGUACUUGAACAUAGAGCAAUUUUGUUCAGAUCCCGCAUACCCGCUUCCACCUUAAAAGCCUCCAUGCUUGGGAACUUGUGCGCUUCUGGAGUUAUGGAAUACUAGAAAUGCGCUCGAAAAUCAGCUUGAAUCAAAAUGAAAGAUCUUCGAAGUCUGAUUGGUCUCUCUCGAUGGUUCAUAAUCUCGAGAUCUUAGGCAAAGAAAGGGAAGUCUGUGAAAAUGAUCAGCAAUGCUCCAUAAGCCGAAGCUUAAAGAUUCUUCUCGUGAUUCACUUAUCUCUUACCUUGAAACUAUUAUAAAGACUUGUGUUUAUG